ACCAGCAUAUUUUUUUUUAAAUUAAAAUCAAACCAAAAUGAAUAUGCCCGAAGUGACUAGAUGUUUCGGUACUUUUCCUCCAAAAUACGCAACUUAUUUGAUCGCCCUAUUUGGCCUAGGUUCCGGAGGGGUCGGUUUGGCAGGAAUAAUACUCUACGGUAUAAUAGAAAAUGCGUUAUUAGUUUACAUACUAGGACGCCGACCGAGAGUGGAUGAAACUUUAAAAAAAGCUGUAUUAUUAACGAUUGGCUUGUCAUCUUUACUACUGACGGUAGGGAAUGCCCUUUUAUUUGUGGGUGCAACUUCUCAAUCCCGAGGAGCGUUAUCUGUAGGCGUCUGGACUUUAUUGGCAAUGUGUUUACUUCUCAUAUUUGGGGCUAUAAGUGCCCCUGUAUCAUGUUUCUUCAUUAAAAACGCAUGUAUAAUAAAGAAAAUAUCUACUGUCACCAUGGUUCUAACUUCCAUUGUUUUGACAAUAUUUAUCGAGGUAUGGCUUUACUUUUUGGUGGUCGCCCAUAACUAUUUAAUUCAAUUAUGAAGUGCCUUAGUAUGAGAAAUUUAU